CUGGAAGAGUUCGUCAGGCAGCGCUGGGGGAACGUAGAGCGGUACGGCGAGAAGACGGUGCCGCAGAACAUCCACGGACUUACUCUCGGACGCGAAGAGGCGGUGAAGAGUGGCUUCAGCCUGGGGGAGCUUGCCCCGCCAAACAAGCCGGACUACGACCAGAUAUUCCUGAACGGCAACGAGGCGAUCUGCCUCGGGGCCGUACACGCGGGACUCAACUUCUAUGUGGGCUAUCCGAUCUCGCCCGCGACGACGAUCCUCGUGUGGAUGGAGCAGUGGCUGAGCGGCGACGAGAAGACCGCUUACCAGGUGUCCUCGGAGAUCGAGGCGAUCAACGCGUUAGUCGGAGCCGGUUACGCUGGCAAGAAGGCAAUGACCGCCACGGCGGGACCGGGCUUUUCGCUGAUGAGCGAGGGGCUGGGGUUCGCUUGGAUGGCCGAGAUUCCGAUUGUGGUGUGCGACGUGCAGCGCGGCGGCCCGGCCACGGGUCUUCCCACGAAGACGGAGCAGUCCGACCUGUUGCGGCGAUGCAUCCGGCGCACGGCGACGUGAGUCUCCCCGUAAUCGCCCCAGGAUCGGUGGAGGAGUGCUUCUACGGGGCCGUAGAGGC